AUGUUCUGUUCAUAAAGAGUUGGUGAGGUAUUUGUUUUGUCUCGGAUUGUGUGAAGCCAUUCACCACUCGAAAUGAUCCUCAAUUUGAGUUUUGGGGACAAAACUCCUUUUUAGGGGGGGUGGAUGUGAUACCCCAAAAAUUUCUAGGAUAAAUAAGUGAGUUAAGGACUUGAUUGUGACGAAAUGCUGUUUUGGGACUUAAUAGCAAAAUUUUUAAAUUUCAAGGGGCUUAAAAGUGAAAGAUAUUAAGAUAAGGAUCGGGUGAUUUUUUACUUCCUUCUUUCUCUCUUCAGCCGCGUGUUUCUCUUUUUCCUCUCCCCUACACCGAACAAGAGCCCCAGCCACCACCGACGCCCCCACUUGAGAGAAACCGAAUCCCAGAUUUGCUCUGCUCUGCUACUUCCGGCUACUGCUCUGCUGUGUGGUGCGAAUUGCUCGAGUUUUUGUGCCGCGAGUCCCCUGCAGAUUGUCGUCGGCUUUCCCCCAAACUGUAGCUCCGGUUUUGCUUGCAAAAUUCUGGUUCUUGAGUGUUCUGUCACCCGAAUACUUGGCUUGAGUUUCGGAUUUGAGCAUGCUUACUCGAAAUUUAAUUGAUUGUCCUGAUGAUUUGAAAGUGAUUGGUGAAUUAUGAUUUUUCCGUUAACUUCUGCCUGUUUUGUCUCCGAUGUGGUUAUGUUAUUGAUGAUCCUGCUAGUGGGGGUUAAACGCUAGCACAUGUCGACAUGUUAUUGAUAGAAUUGGUUCGUUCGAGUGUAGCCUGCCAGUGGGAGGUUUAUAACACUAGCCAUGACCUAUAGAGGAGAUGUCUAUUUCGUUCCUGCACCGCAACCAUUUUUCAUGAUUACACUUGUUGGCAUGCUAUAAGCAUGGUUGUCAAAAUCGAGUUUUAAAUCGUAAAAUCUUAAGAUUUUAAGAUUUUAAGUAUGUAUUUCGAGUAAAAUCUAUGUUAAAAUCGAAAUCUCAUGAAAUUGGAAAGGAAAAUCGUGAAAUCGCAAUUUUAUGAUAAAAUCGUUUGAAAUCUCGAUUUUACAUGGAGUGGAGGAAUCACCCUUGUGGUUGGCUGGUUGCUUUGAGACGGAGGAGAUGAAGGGGGGAAAACUCGCGAAGGUUGUAGAUGUCCAUGAUUGUUGGUAUCGAUCUGCAAGUCGACCUGAAGAAGUCGAAGACCCGACCCCUGGCCUCCUCCAAGUUCACCGAGUUCGGCGGCACCUUCACGCCCCUCAACGUAAACGCCCUGUCUCCAAUUGAAACCCAACACUCGAACCUCUGUGGAUUGGAUUUUAGGAUCAAAGCAAAACAGCUACAGGUGGAAGACUGAUGAUUAAAGAAAAUGAAGAAGAGGGUUCUGGAUGGAAGAAGGGUGAUGACCGGUGAUGGAGAUGGAGGCUGUUGAUCGGAGAAAAAAAUGGAGAAAGGGGAUUCUAGAUGGAAGAAGAAUCGGGCUUUCUUUUUUUUUGGCCGUCUAAAGCCUCCUCUUUUUUUGUGUGGCUUUACCCUUUAAAGAGAGGAAACCCUAACGAAAACGAUUUUAGGUAAAAUCUCGAUUUUGACAACCUUGGCUAUAAGUUUAAUAAGGGGAACUCCAUAUUUUACUUAUUGAGUUUAUCUCAUAGUUUUUCCUUAUCCACCAUUUUAGGAAACGAAACUGAGGAUGGGGAAACCAUGGGAAGUGACGAGUUAGAAGGCUAGCCAUCUUGUAAAUUGAACAUAGAUUUUAGAUAUAAUCAUGAUCUUGUAAGUUAGACUGUAUUUAGAGAUUUUAUGAUAUCAGAGUAAUAUUAAAGAUUUUAUCUUCAG